GGCCACCACGUGCAUCCUGCGGCUCGCUGGCUCACUCCUGCUGGCACUCCCGACAGUCCGGCACAGCCCCAGUCACCGCCGGGCGUCGGAUCAAAGUGGACCUGUCGUCGCGUCCUUUCUUUCCCGUGUCCUCGGCCUGUUCCCUCCUUGGCACACCUGUCACAGGCUUACAGUAACCCCUUGAUCUAACAAACCAGUAUCUAACGUCACUCGGGUUUAUCGAACAUAUAAACCCACCGGCACAACGACUUGGCGCUCCCAUCACAAAGUUCGUAAAAUCGAGGGUUAACCGCGUCUCAUGUUUGGGGCUCUGAGGGCGCGCAUGGCGACCCCGAGGAACGCUGAAUGACCAGAGACGAACGCUGUGACCUCGUGGGGAGCUGCGCUGGCCUGGGUGUUGGGUCACGCUGGGUCACGUUGCCGCCCUCACCCCCUUCAGGUCAUGCCCCGACGGAGAUGGAGGAACGGCGCCCCCCACCUACUGCUGCUGCUGCUGGGGGCCGCCACGGGGUGUCGGGGGCUGAGGGUGAGCAGGGUGGUGGUGCCGGAGCGGGAGGUGGAGGGCGGGGCGGUGCAGCUGCAGUGUGAGUAUGACUUGGAGGGCGACGAUCUGUACUCCCUCAAGUGGUACAAAGACGACAAGGAGUUCUUCCGAUACGUCCCCGCAGACUCCCCGCCCAUCCAGGUGUUCAGCGUGCCUGGCGUGACCGUGGACGCCGCGCGCAGCAGUGACAGCCGCGUCUUCCUGCCCUCCGUGAGCCUUCGUUCCGCGGGCAAGUACAAGUGUGAGGUGUCGGCCGAGGCGCCCUCCUUCCACACGGACACCGGGGCGGGAAGACUGCUGGUGGUGUACGCCCCCCGCACCGGGCCGGCCAUCACGGGGGUGCAGAGCCGGUACAAGGUGGGCGCCGCGGUACACGCCAACUGCACGUCGUCGCCCUCACAGCCCGCGGCCACCCUCACCUGGCUCAUCAACGGCAGGGAGGCCGAGGCAUCAUCCUUGGUUCACUACGCCGCCACCAAAACCGCCAAGGGCCUGCACACAGCCGUCUUGGGUCUCCGCUUCCACACGGCCCCGUCACACUUCCGCUUCGGCGUGUUGAGGCUGCGCUGCGUGGCCACCGUCGCCUCGGAGCACCGCCGCCACAAGACCGUUUACGUGCGUCACGGGAUACCACAGCAGGACAACAGCGGGGGAGGCUCGGCUGGUACUUGUGACGGUGUUGUGGCGUACCUGGCUAUGAUACUGAUGACUCUCCUGAGGUAACACACACACCUAACACACUCCCUCCCCCUUCUUUCCUACGUCCCUCCCUUUCCCUCCCCUUUCACACCCAUCUUCAAGAGCAGCCUCCACAGAAUAGUUUAAACACCUAACACACUUCCUCCCCCCUUCUUCCUUUCCCUCCCCUUCCACACCCAUCUUCAAGAGCAGCCUCCACAUAGUAGUUUAAUGUUAUCUAUAUAUUGUUUAAUGCUUCAAGACACGCUAACGAGAAGUAGGAGAAGAAGAAGAGGUCGGAGGAGAAGAAGAAGAAGCAGAAAACAAGAAGACGAAAGAUUCAAUUAAAGACGAACUUCAAGAAAAUAUCAAACUCCAAACCACGUACUUACAUUCUCUCUCUCUCUCUCUCUCUCUCUCUCUCUCUCUCUCUCUCUCUCUCUCUCUCUCAAGGAAAACAAGAAAGAGAUUGGAAAAUACGAAGAAGUGUUCAUCCGUGCUCUCUCUCUCUCUCUCUCUCUCUCUCUCUCUCUCUCUCUCUCUCUCUCUCUCAAGGAAAACAAGAAACAGAUUGGAAAAUACGAAGAAAAGAAGUAUUAAUCAGUGCUCUCUCUCUCUCUCUCUCUCUCUCUCUCUCUCUCUCUCUCUCUCUCUCUCUCUCUUUCUCUCGAAAAUAAAGAAAUAGCCUGGAAACUACACAGAACAGAGGAGUAAUUCAGUGUGUUAUGUGUUUACGAUAGAAAUACGCAACCUGUCCGUCUGUCUGUCUAUUUAUCUGCUUACCUGCCCGCCUGUCUGCUUGUCUGCCCUCCUCUCUGUCGCGGUAUAGCUCGCAUCUUUAUUAUUAAGUUAUCAAGCUUGAUGGAAAUAAUUAUGUCGGUUGAUUAGUUAAAUGAAUAUGAUUUGGCAAUACAUGAAAAUAUAUAAUAAUGACCGAGGAUAACGUGUGAGAGUAUAUAUGAACAUUUAUUUCCAGUGUAAUUCUCUUUUUGUAAUGAUGGACUUUCACGGUCGUAUUCCAAGCUCUCCUUUACUAUGGAGUGUCAGCUAUUACCAACUCAAUGACCAACUGCAGCUUUUUUACGCUUUAUCGCUAUUGUUGAACUCCUCAUACUUCACAUACUUCACUUACAAUUACGUUUCUCUUGACCUAUAUGCUCCUAUUAUUAGAGAAAACUAGUAUAUUUUUAGUCAUUACCCCGUCAAAGUGGUUUAUAGAAGGCUCACAGAGAAAAGGGUCUGUCUGCCUGAUAUUGUUGGGAUUGGUGUCUAGGAAGGGAGAGCUUGUAGUAUGGGCACCAGACAUGCUUCUCUGUAGAGGGCAGCACUGUUAUUUAGCCUUCUGUUUGGGGUCAAGUCGCUAUGACCAGUAUUAUUACACACUCAAAUAGUUCAAGGGGCUACAAAGGAAAUUCGUCGAGUCCUCAUGAGUGUUUUUUUUUAUGUUUAUGGUGAGGAAACCUUGCCAUACUAUCACUAGGCUCAUAAAACUACCCAUGGAAACACCGACAACGUCCGCGAAAGCCUUACCAAACGUGGUGUGUAAGCCCCGAAAUGUUUAAUUAAGAAUAUGACCCUAUAACUCUUGACAGAAGGACCACUAGGAACAGUGCUCCUCUCUACAUACAAGCAGCGGUUUUGAAAGUCCCCCAUUUCAGUCCGUUUGAGCGACUCUGACAAAAACAAUGCCCAGAAAAAGAUAAGUGAAAUGAUGCGAUCGGAAUGCAAAGUAUGUGGUUAGUAGAAAGGAUCAGGAGGAGGCGGACCUAGGAAGCGAUUCAAAGCGAUAUAGGUCGCAAGAAAAAGAAGAAAAAAUUGGUCGCAAGAAGAAGAAGGAGAAGAGGAGGAAGAAGAAGAAGAAGAAGAAGAAGAAGAAGAAGAAGAAGAAGAAGAAGAAGAAAACAGCAAGAAAGAUGUUAAAGAAAAAGAAAGAAAGAGAAAGAAAGAAGAAGAAGAAGAAGAAGAAGAAGAAGAAGAUGAAGAAGAAGAAGAAGAGAAAGAAGGAAGAGAAGGAGACGGAAAAGAAAAAGAAAGAAGAAGAAAAAGAAGAAGAAGAAGAAGAAGAAGAAGAAGGAGAAGAAGAAGAAGAAGAAGAAGAAAAAGAAGACGUACAAUAAGACGAGGAGAAAAAAGAAACAGAUAGUUCACAAGAAGAGAAAUAUGACAACAGGAUCGGGGACCUCCUAACAUAUUUUCGGCUUAAGUGAAAAAAAAAAGUGAAAUGAAAAAGAAAAUACUUUAUCACAGGCACAUUGUAAUUUAUUGGCAAUCACCGAAAGGCUAAUGGCGCAGCUGCCAGCUUUAUAAUUUCCGGAUGAAUGUAUGAAAAAAGGUGAAGGAAAGGAAUUAUUGACAUUUUUAUAUAUUGCUUUUUUUGUCAGAGAGCGAGAAACGGACCUAUAGGAUGCCUGAUUCUUUGGACUGCCGAUCAUAGCUAAGUGACCCCCCCCCCCACAGCCCGGCCUCCCUCGCCUGUAUUUCCUGCGCUGAAUAAAUUAUCUCUAUACCUCCAUUAUCUUUCCUUCUCUCCUCCUCCUCCUCCGCCUCAUUGUCCUGUUCCUUUUCCUCCUCUUCUCCAUCUUCCUCUUCCUAUUUUUUCUUUCACGCCUCACUUUCACCUCUUUUUUUUUUUGUUUUCUCUUGUGUAUAUAUAUUUCGCUAUUUUCCUUACUUUAUUUUUUCUUUCUUUAUGUUUUCUCGUGCUUCUCUAUCUCUGUGCUUCCUUACUUUCUUUUUCUUUCUUUAUGCUUUCUCAAUCUGUUUGCUUGUGCCAUCCACUCUCUCUCUCUCUCUCUCUCUCUCUCUCUCUCUCUCGGUAUUCCUCGCUUCAGUGUUACAAACUUAUUAAUCUCGAUACAAAAAUACUCCUCCCUCCCACCGUACGUGUUCCUCCUACGUUGAUUAAACCGCCUCGGGCUAAGUCAAACGAGUUAAUUUUCUGUCAUAUUUAGCUAUUUUUUUCUGCUGAUACGGGCGUCCUGGGGGUGCAGGGAGACUAUCAAAAUUGCUAUUCUAGAGGCCAGCACUGUAUACUUAGUUAUCAGUAGUUUUGUCCAUAGUUAAGUUGCUAGUAGUGGCAAAGAGGGACACAUAUAAUACUUGCAGUGCUGCCCCCUAGAGUCAACUAACACAGUCCAUCUCUGAAUGACUCCGGACUUCUCACAUCAACAACUUCUAAAGGCCGAAAGGGAGGUUAAUCGUGUUCUAAUGAGUGUUAUUGAAGGUUCAUGGUUUAAAAGAAUGAUCAAACUAAUAAAAGGGUCAUAAAACUACCUCUACAAAUGCCCACAACUCCUAUGAAAGCCUUGUCAGAUGUGUAUGCUUGGGAGCCGGAAUGUUUAUCCUUGUCUUACGAUGAUAUUUACCUCACCGCAAGACACCGCACAUAUAUUUGGAGAAGUGAAGUAACACGUGACACUUUGGCAAGGUAAACAUCAUCGUGAGAGCAAGGGAAGAAGAGGCUCAGCUAGUGGCGCCAUGCUCGUACUCGUAGAAAAGUAUCGUGAGGCUAAAAAAUGUGCUCCUGUGACGACGGCUUAUGUCAUACCUCUGUUUGCCUCAUCUCGUAAGGAACUGAUUGCCUGUCCCUCGAUCGCCCACCUACACCUGGCAAACUAAUGAGGUAAUUAUCUGCACCUAAUUAUUUCGGCGACAUUAAUUAAUUUGGGGAUUCUACGCGGGAAAAAAAAAGUUCGAGAGGGGGAAAGAAAACGAAAAGAACGGGAGGAAAACGUAAGUGUAAAGAGGGGGAACAUUAACUAAAAUAGGCCAUAAAUUUCCUCCGCCUCCCUCUCCUUCCCCUCCCUCCAUCCUUACCGUCUCCCCUCACUCCCUCUCCCUUCCUCUUCCUCUCUCUCUCACACACUCUCUUCUAGGCCAUUUUUCUUGGAUGACACAUUCUCUCUCUCUCUCUCUCUCUCUCUCUCUCUCUCUCUCUCUCUCUCUCCUAGCUCAAUCCCUCUUCUAUCCUUGUUUUUUCUCCCUCCAUCUUUCCUUCUCCCCCUUCCCACUCAUGCAUUUCUUCC